UGGCUCGCUCCGAGGUAGGGGGCGGUUAGCGGCCGAAGGCUCUUGGUGGAGGAAGGGAGGCCAUCGGCCACGCAAGCCCAGAGGAGCGCUUUGCGGGGGUGCAGAGCGGUCUCCCCCGGAGCGGGCCGCGGCGGUCCCUAGCGAUGGGCUCCAAGGCCAAGAAGCGCGUGGUGCUGCCCACCCGCCCCGCGCCCCCCACGGUGGAGCAGAUCUUGGAGGACGUGCGAGGAGCCCCAGUCCAUGACCCAGUCUUCACCGCACUGGCCCCGGAAGAGGCCCCAGCCACCGCCAGGAACACUGAGGACCCCCCCGAGGCCCAGUGGGAGCAGAUCUACCAGCAGGGCCAGGCCUAUGUGGCCACCAACGAGCAGCUGCGGCAGGCUGGAGCCCUCCUGAGGCACAAGUGUGAGGACCUGAGUCACGCUGGUGAAGAGCUGGAGCAGGAUGUUGGCCAGGUGACCCAGGCUGCACUGCCAGUGACCUCAGCCACCUCCGGCUGACUGGGACUGUGGUUGUGGGAGCCAUGAACCCACUAUGGCGCUCCCUUGUCACACCCUUCUGUGACACUGUGCAGCAAGACCCACCCAGCAGGGCCCAGCACAGGCCCAGGAAGUAGGGGGUGGGCACAGCUGGCUCCAAGCAGUUCUGUCCCCUCCCCAUGACAGCUUUGCUCUGGCACUGCCUCCUUCUGCCGCUCAGGUCAAGGGCCACCUAAGGUGUGCACAGCCCUCUGUCCACCUGAGCUGCAGGCCUGGCUGGAUGAGGUGUAGUGGCCCACUGCCUGUGUGACUCAAGAGGACCUGAGGCUCUAGUCCUUUUAUGCACCAGCCUGGUCAUUAUGACAGCCCUGGGCUGCCACCGUCACCACCCCACUGGCCCCAGUGGAGACGUCGCGCGGCCCUGCCAACUCCUCAUCGCUCACUAUCACCUCAGUGAAGGCAUGAGCUGGGUCCCUCGGGCCAUGCUACCUCCUCAUGGCUCUGGCCCCGCUUUUGCUGCGGGCUGGCUGGAGGUUUUGCAAAAGGGCUUUUUGCCUAAGCCAGUCAGAUCCAGGCCCUGGCCAUCAGGAGAGCAAGUGCCAGGCCCAUGGGGCUAAGUGCAAACUUAGCCUUAUUCUGCUGUGAGCAGGGACAGGGACAUCCACCUCAUCUAGAGCCCCAAGCCCAAGGCCUGCUGUCUGUUCCUGUCCAGACUUGGCAUCUAGGAGACAGGACUUUGUUUCUGGAGCAUCAGUGAUGUUUUUCAGCCAGUUAUAACAGCAUAUGCCUGUCAUCCCAGCACUCAGGAGGCUGAGGCAGUAGGAUCUCAAGACGCUGUCUCAAAAUAAAUUUUAAAAAUGGAUGUUUCUCUUUCUCUGAAAUAGACGUACUGUGUAAGCCUGCAAGAACCCUCUUAAACUAGAAGCUGUAUCUUGGGGGACCCUGCCUAAGCCUGGUAGGGCUUGCCAUGGUUACCUACCCCAGAGCUUUCCUGCCAGGCCAGGUAGUUGUGGGCAUCUGGGCAGCCAACCCCUGCUAACCCUAUACCACCUCACCCUGCCUAUGUCCCCUGGGUCAGGCUGUGUUCCCUGGAAGUGACCUUGACACUUGGCCACCUCAGCACCAGUAAAUGGUGGGCUUGUGUGGAACCUGAUGGCCCUUGGCACCCUCUUCCUGGUGGCUGGCAAGCCCUCCUCCUGUCCCACAUGAGCCACAGGCCAUCUCGGGUACCUUGGCUUCUCUCUUCAUCCUAUCUUGAAAUCAGGAGCAGGAGGUGAUUCAACAGCUCAUUUUAUUAAAGGUGCACAAGAAGCCAGAUGCCUGCCGGGCCCCGUCCUUCAGCUACACAGGCGAUUUACAUGAGUGGGGUUGGUGUGCGGGGCCGUAACUAUUUACACAUUCAGUUAACACUGCGAGAAGACCUGAACACAGACGAGAAGUCGGUGGCCGUAAGAGCUGACAGACCAAGCAAGAGGCGGGCGUGGGGGCCGAAGCCAGGGUGACAGCCAGGUAGGAGAUGAGGUAAUGGGUGGGCGCUUUGCCCUGAGUCAGCACCCGGGCGGGGGUAGCGUUGGGUGUGGGCAGUGGUCACACCCAUCAGCCUGAGGCUCAGGUGUCCAUCUUAGGGUGACCCCCACUGUCGCUCCUGGCCCAGGGCCUCAGGUCCUUGAGCCCCUGGGCUGACUCGAGGUUUGCAGAGGUAGG